CGUUAAUACUUGUAGCAACAAAAAUAUAAAUGGUAAAUAUCGGAAAAGAUCCCUGUUGUUCCUAAUUUAUCAUUAAAUAAUAUUAAUUUAUUUCUUUAUGCGUGUUAAAAUCUUUCGGAUAAAAUAUAUUUAAUGUUCGUAAUAAAAAAUGAAAUUAUGAUUUCGUUGCAAUAAAUAUUGCACUAAAUUAUUCUUGAAAAGUACAUUGUUGUUAGUUUGGAUAGAUUUGAUUAUUUAGCGAUUGAUUUGACGCGCGCCUUAAGGCAAGUCGAUUGCAUAUGGCGAUCAGUGUAUAUCGGACGUUUAGAGUAUUUUGAUGAUACUUUUUUUUUACUUAUUUGCGAAAAGUAUCCAGAGAUACUAGUGCUAAGUGAAUUUAAAAGCGUGAUCAAUUUCUUCUACGACCAGAUAAUGAUAUGGGGGAGAAAUAGGAUGUUGUAAAGAGUGUAGCGGCGUUUUUCAUAACCUCAAAAAGCAGCAGCGAACUACUUUCGUGCAGAUAAAAAUGCCACCAGCAAAGAAGACUGAUUUAGACAAAUUAGCAUGGGCUUGGGUAGAAGGUGUUUUACCAGAUCAAAUAGAGAAGAUACACUUGGAAACUGCAUAUAGGAUAGGUUUAAAAUCAUGUAAAAAUUGCAAACGCAAUUGCACAAAUAAUCCACAAUGUCUAACAGGACUAGGCGAAGAAAAGUAUAUGAAGUCACAACCUGUAGAAGUAAUGUCUUUAGAAAGUUCUUUAUCCGAAUUACGGGAUCCUACAGAGUAUGUUGGUUUAAAGAAUCUAGGUGCAACUUGUUAUGUUAACAGUUUAAUACAAAUGUGGUUUCACAAUGAAGAUAUGAGGAGGAUAAUAUACAAAUGGAACAUCACAGACGAUCCGGAAGAAAGGGAAGCUGUGUGUCAAGCUAAGAAGGCAGGACUACCGUAUCAUCCAGUGACAGCAGUUGGACAGUUGCAAUAUAUAUUUGCGAUGAUGCAAUUCGGGAAUCGGCGCCUUCUUGAUCCAAUGAAUCUCGCUGUCGCGUUGUCGUUGGAUACUAGAACUCAGCAGGAUGCACAGGAAUUCUCCAAGCUACUCCUCUGUCAUAUGGAAGGGAAACUGCAACAAACCGCAGAACUGAAGCAGAUGCUGCAGGAGCUGACUCAAGGAAAAUACAGCUAUAUCAAUUGUUGUUCGAAAUGCGGUACCGAAUACCCAACCUCCACUACGUUCUACGAGUUGGACCUGCAGCUCGCAGCUACUCUCAAGGAGGCAAUAGAAAAAUACUUGUCUGUGGAGCAACUUACUGGACCAAAUCAAUAUCAUUGCGUUACCUGCAAUGACAAAGAGGAUGCGCGACGUUUUAUACGUUUGGAAUCUCUUCCAGAAACGUUGAACAUACAGUUGAUGCGUUUCGUGUUCCAUAGGGAUUCUGGACAGAAAAGAAAGCUGAAUUCUUUUAUACAGUUUCCAGAAGAUCUCGAUAUGUCCGAGUAUGUAAGAUAUCCACCACAAUCUAAGUUGUACAGUCUUGUCGCGGUCUUAAGCCAUAAAGGUCCAUCUGCGCAUUCGGGCCAUUACAUUGCCAAUAUAUGUAAUUCAAACGGAGAAUGGUACCAAUUUAGCGACGAUAAAGUUGAAAAAAUGCAGAACAAGAGGAUCGAAGAUAGCGUUAAUGAUACUUCGAAAAUUGUAAGACGCGGACGGGUACCAAAAGGUUUUCUUUCAUCUAAUACCGCGUACAUGUUAGUUUAUAAGAAAGUUACUACCGAGUGGCGGAUGAACAACGCGAAGAAAAUAAAAUCGAAGAAAGCGGAAACAGAGACUAAUAGCGAUAGCACAGAGAUGUGUGUCGAUAAAGAGAAAGGAGACUCAUCGGACGAAGGACAACGUAAAAAUGGACAAGAUUCUGCUGUUCCUGAUUCAAGCGGAUCCGAGGAAGUAGUGAUACUGGGUACAGUGAAUAAAAUGGACGUCGAAAUGGACAUAUCGUCUCCUCAAGACGUUAGUGCACAGGAAAAAAUAACUUCUAUGAUGGUGGAUUGUAGCACCGACGAGCAAAAUGGAAGACACUACGAAUCCGACAAUAAAGAAGAUCAACAGGAAUUGCAAACGAAGAAACCGUUUGCAAAAAAUGCAAAAGUAGACUACAGGCAGCUGAAUGGUGCUGCGCAUAGAGCCAUGAGCUGCGGGGAACGUGACUUUUACGAAGAGAUGGAGUUUGAGAAUUGGGAAGUCAGUCCUACUUUGCGCGAUUUAGUGAGGCAAGAAAAUGUGAAGUACGAAUUAAGUUUAUUAGCGAUUCAACAAGAAAAACAAAAGGAGAUCGAAGAUCAGAACCUAAAGAGACAGCUCGUUAUAGACGUGUAUAACAUCGUUUUCAACGCAGUCAGUUGGGAGGAAUAUCAGUGGAUACCCACGGAUUGGUUGUCAAAAUGGCUCAACGGCCACUCAUCCACCGAUGGAGUGUCACCGAUCGACAAUUCCACUUUGAUGUGUUCGCAUUAUCGACUGGAUCCGUUGAAGGUAAAUCGUGCGAAGUGCCUGCCGCUAUUGGCUGCGGAAAUGGUGUAUGGAAAAUAUCGCGGAGGACCACGAUUGGAUCAGAACUCUCUCUGCGAAGUUUGCGUGAAGCGUCGAUACAAGCUACUCCGUUUCAAAAUGUCACUCGAACGCGAUCAUAAGGAAGUCAACGAACUUGUACGAAAUUUCAAAGAGCCAACCGAGACGAGCUAUAUCGUGGGUGCUGAUUCGUUGAAGUCCUGGCGGAGACUCGCUAUGGAGAAGUUCACCGAAGACUUGGAGCAGGAAAUAGAGAACGAAGACUGUCGAGACCCGAACGGUCCUCGAGCCGACAGCACAGCCGCGAGGAAAGAAGAUGAGACGUCGAAGGAAAUCGAGGAGAGCGAAGAAAACGAGGUUAUAAUCUACUUCAACGAGGACUUGCUUUGCGAGCACAACUCGCUAAAGACGCCAGACUCGUCGAGAAAAGUAGUACCCGGCGAAGCCUGGACUAUUCUCCGGAAGUACUUUCCGGAGUCCAAAGAAUACCCGAUCGGAUCUGGAUCCUGCUCAAUCUGCGAAGAAAAGAUGGAGAACGCGCAGAAAGCGAAGAAAGACGUCAAGAUAAAGGCGAAGCAACAAAAGGAUGAGCUGAACGAGUUGUAUCACGCCAGAAAUAGAAAUGAGAUAAUAAAGUGCGAGGAUCCGGAGAAGAAGUUCUACAUCGUGGAGAAGAGCUUCUUGGACAGUUGGCGGUCCUUUGUUCGAUAUGCUGAAGUGUUUUCGAAAGCACCACCCGUUGGAAUAAGGAACGCUACGCUGCUCUGCGAACUGCACAAAGGAUUCCUCUAUUCGCCAACAUUUAACAACGAUUUAUACACCAUAGUAACUGCCGAGGAGUGGUCGAAGUUGAUGCAGUUUUACGACGUCGAUUAUCCAGUCAUCAUCAAGAGGAUUGGUUCCGAUUUUUACACAGAUCCAAGUCUUUGCGCGGCGUGCAUGUUGGCGCGAGUGGAGCAAGAACGUCUGGAGAGUUUGAAGUACGAUAGGGCGACGAUUUACGUAAAGUGCGUGGAGGAGAACGAGGACCCGAAGACGGACAACCAAUUGGAGGUCAGUGAGAAGAAAAGAGUAAAAGUGGUUGCAAAGAAACCCAAGAUAGAAAAUACUAGGCCGUCGAGAACUCGGAGGAACCUGAAGGGAUCCCACGAACUCAAAGUUUCUUCGGAGAUCACCCUCAAGGAGCUCAAAUUAAUGACGAUGCAGAUAUGCGGCGCAGGACCAUACGAUCAACACCUGAUGCUAGGCGAACAUGAGCUUACCGAUCAUAGUCAGAGUCUAGCGGCGCUUGGGAUAUUCCCCGGGGCACUUCUCACCUUGAAGAUCGACACGCCGAUAGAAAACGAGGCUGACGUCACGGCGGACGCGAAUAAUCCCGAGGUCACCUCACCGGAAAAGGGUUUCAAGGGGACGGAAUUGGUGCCGAGCUGAUUUGCAUCAUCGAGGAUCAGGGGAUAGCCAAUUACCGUGUGGCGGGACGUUCAAUAAUGAUAGUCGAUUAAAUAUAAAAUAUUUUUGUACACGAGUUAUAAUAUUCUAUAUAUAAUAUAUACAUAUAUAUAUAUAAAUAUAAUACGUAUAAUAUGUAUGUACAGGGAGCGGCCGAAUAACAUGUACUAGCGGACGCGAGGUGGUGUUCCUUAUGAAAAAAUGAAAACAAAAUGUACAAGAAAACUUUUUCAUUUAAAGCUUAGUUUUUCAGAAAAUCGAGUUUGAAAAUCUUAUUCGUACGUAUGCUUAUAAACAAUAUCUACCCAUCAUUUAAAAGUUAUCGAGUUCAAGAAAAAAUACACACAAGACUUUUAACGAACAACAUUUUAUUUUAUCAACUACGCAACCUAGCCGUAACAGCAUACGUAAUAGCAUGAACAAAUUUUAUUCCAUAUUUUGUUCUUAUUUUUUUAUAAGGAACCACCUCGUGCCCGCUAGUACAUGUUAUUCGGCCACACCCUGUAUAUUAUAUUAUACGAGCUAAUUAGCAUACGUCAUCGAGGACAAGAAAUUGGGAAGAUAGUGUAUUGUUUUCUCUUAAUUAUUGCUAUUAUUAUUGAUAGUAUAACUAAUAUUACUAUGAUUAUUAUUAUUAUUGUUAUUAUUAUUAUUAUUAUUAAUUAUUAAUUAUUAUUAUUACUAUUAUUAUUAUUAUUAUUAUUUUACGCACAGAUUUGAGUCGAAGAGAGCUGUAAGUAGAUAAUGGCGACAAUGUAACCCAAAGACAAUUCGAUGUUUCUUUUGUACACUUCGCGAAGAAUUUCAACAAUUUAACGAGAUGUAUCUGAAGGAAUGGUUCGAGGAAAAAAGGACAAGGCUGAUAUUUUUUUCUUGAAAUGAAAUGGAUAAUCUUCGUUGGUGAAAAUAGAGUUUUUCUACUUUCUAGUGGCGAUAUCUUCGGAAAUCUUUUAGAAAUUAAAUAUCUGGUUGAAAAACUAAAUAAAUUUUUAUAUAUGUUUAAGGGAGGAAACAUAUUCGUGGCUGAGGCAUUGCGAAUAUUCAAUGAAGUUAUUAUUAUUAUUUCUCAAAUUUUUUCUUUAUUUGCAUGACUUGUAUGUGCUUUCAUAGGAAUGCAGCUAUUUUCCUUUUUUAAGUGGAAGAGAGAGAAAAAUGGAGAGUCACUUUUCUAAGAGACUUCUGAAUGAUCCAUAAUAGUUAAUAUUGCAUUUGUAAUAAAAGUGUUGCUACGCUGAUGAAACGAAAUAUUAACACUUUGACUUCGGGGCGAUUUGGUGUUACAACUCUUUCGGAUAAUUACUAUUUUUCAAAGAAAUUUCGAGGGAAAGGAGUAUAUUAUGUUUUUAUACAAUAAUUUACAUCUUUUGAUAUGCAAUCAUCGGUGCUUCGCAUCUUUUUAUGAAGAAAUAAAUAUAUGCCACUCUUCUCACGGUAAUAACAUACUUGAGCCAAAGUGUUAAUUAACAUUUUUUAAACUGCAUCAUGAAUUUUUACGAACCAUCCCUUCCAUUAUAUGCUUUGAUAAAAAAAAUAAACAAACUAAUAAAUAUGGGAAGUUCGAGAGUAAAUCUAUUCUGUCUUUAACAAGGUGCUGAUAGGAUAUUAUUAUUGUAUCACUUUUGAGAGAUUUUAUUCGAGCUAGGGAUCCACCAACGCGUGCUGAUUUUUACACUUGCAUACACGUAGGGAACGGCACAUAUGUGUACGCAGGUGUGUGUGUGUGUGUGCGUGUGUUUGUAUGCAAGAAUAUACUGGUGCCAACACGCGAGAACUGUGCCGCGUAUUUGUACAUUACACGAAUAAUUUUUACGUACUUGAAUUGAACAAUUUAUACGACUGACAUUUGCUAAAAUAAUUUCGGUUCGCUCUGUGAGUUCGAAGCGCAGUUAUCUUAAAAUGUCACUGUUAAUACGUAGAGAAUGGUUGCAAGUGCGUUGCAAAGGAUCUAGGAAUCUUAGAAAUAAUUUUACUCUUCGUCGUAGAAAUUGAAAAUAAAAGGCACAGUAG